UUAUUCAUCAAACUUUAUCAAACAAACAACUGACAAAAACAUGGAUCACAUCUGUUCAACUUUAUUAUUUAAAACACUUUCAACAUGUUCAACAUUUGUACAAUUGUAAUUGUCAGUGAGCGCCAUGUUUUCUAUUUUCUUUAGCUUGAAAUCAGCUGCAGUCAAAGUGCAGCCCAAUACUGAAUCAACCAUCUUUACACCGUGUGUGUGUGUGUAUAUAAUGUGUGUAUAUAUAACAUAGUACUGUCCAGAAUUUAAUACAAAAGGGAUUUGGACGAAGGCUUUAAUAUAGAGCAGUUAAACUGAGGCGGAGGGAGAGGUCGUUCUGGUGUUUGACCACUAGGUGGAGCCACUGCACCGCUGCUGCAGCAGGAGGAGGAGGCUGCAGCAGGGAUGAAGAAGUGUUGCAGAGACAAGAGGGACUUAGUGAGAAGUGUUUGAGAUGAGAACAGGACUUUUAAAGUUACAACAUGAAACAAACCCGCAGCUGAUGUUGAUCUAGAUGAUGGAGUGGAAACAGUGGCUCUACCACUGCUGCUCUAAUUCAUUAUAGUGGUUAAGAAAAGUCAUGAAAACGACAUUAAUAACUUAAGAUUUAAUGAUAAACAUUUAACCAGAGACCAAAGAAACCUGCAGCUAAUGUUUUCUUCACGGACUGAGGACAGAAAAUCUGCUGCUGCUGCUGUAACUAAUAAUAGCGUUGCUAUAAUAAGAAAAGUCAUACUAACAACAACAUUAAUAACACUAAGAUCUAAUGAGUCACAUUUAACCAGAGACCAAACAAACCUGCAGCUGCUGCUGAUCAUGGCACGUCUUCUCCACGGAGCGUGGACAGUAACUCUGCUGCUGCUGUAACUAAUAACAGACAUCAUAUAAUUAGGAAAGUCAUAAUAAAGAUAAUAACACUAAGAUCUAAUGAAAAACGUUUAACCAGCUGCAGAGACCUAACUGCCCCAGAUGUUCACAGCUGGAUUAAUAUGAAACAUUUAAAAAUGAAUCAAAUUGUUUGUGAUUUGCUGCAAUUUCGAAUAAACGAAUCACUUCUAAUGUUUUUCCCACAUUUUAAAACGUACUAACAGUGAAUGGCAGCAUUUACAGGCUGAUGUGAACGUGUUGCUGCUGUGUGAUGCACAGACAGUUCCUAAAACAGCCUUUUAUAAGUGAUUAAAACAAAUAUAUUUCAGUUUAAAUCAGCUGUGAAACAGUUUAGAUGCAGGAGACUUGGUGCUGUUUUUAAAUGUUAAUACACAUGUUAUUAAACUGAGGAUUUUCACUGGGAAAAUCUUCAUUAUUGUGGAUGAAAUUGAGCUUUUUAAGAAUUAAAAGUGUGUGAAACGUGAUGUUCGGAGGAGCGGGGAGCAGCAGAGUCGUCCCCCUGCAGCCUUCAGCAGGUGAGUGCUCAGCACCGGAGCCUGCAAAGGCCUGCAGUGCCAAAGAUGGCUGCUGUCCUUUGCCACGCCCACUUCUCUCUCAAUUUUAUGUUUUUCUCUGAAAAAAAGCUUAAAAAUAUGUUUCAAAGUAUCGCUGGCAUGAAGGGGGACCUCAGUGAACGUGUGGCCGCAGAUAGGAGCCGAAUUGCGGCGUUAAAGUUGCGUAUAUGAGGCACCCAGUGCUGUAGUGCUUAAUGAGGGGGUGUGAUGCCCUGAUAUUGUAAAUGGAGGAUAAAAUUAAUAAAAGUAUGGUUUCUUUUUGGUCAAAGUAUAAAAUACUAAUAUAUUACAUUAAAGUGGAGCUUAUAUAAUGUCCAUGCGUAGUGAUUUUUAUUGAAAAAUCGAUAUAACUCCGUUGCCUCUGAAUAUUCAAAUUGAAAGUAACGCGCAAUCAAAUCAUUGUCAAAUCAUUGAGUUCUAGGGGUUUUAAAUAGUAGGCAUGGAGGGAGAAAAUCUCAAACUAAUAUGUUCACAGCUAUAUUACAAUAUUAUUGUAUGCUCUGACCCUGCUGUAAGACUUUUGUGUUGAGAUUUUUUUAGACUUUUGCACAAAUUUCGUUCUUGGCCAUUUUGCUGAGGCAGAAAAGGACGUUGUGGAGUCCCUCAGGUCUUCUCCAGAGAUCCUCUCUUCAUCUUUGUCAUCAUGUCUGACAAGCCGAGAGUGUACCAGGGCGUCCGCGUGAAGACCACUGUCAAAGAGCUGCUGCAGAGGCACAGAGCCCGCGAGGCCAACAGUAAAAAACCCAAAACGAUAUCCCAGGCUUGUCUGGAGCUUCAGGAUCUUUGCGCGUCCACUUUGCCAAACUUCGUCCCGUCACCUCGCUAUGUGGACCCUCCUCCCGCCGCCACCACCACCAUCACCACCAUCACACCAGCGGACGCGAGCAGCAGCUGUGGUGCGCGAGCCCUCCAGCUGCGCACCGCCCAGUACCCGGUCCCUGCCGCUGAUAGCGCGUGCAACACCACCCAGAUGCAGGGGGACACGUUUAACGACAUCCAGCAGCAGUUUGGGGACGUGAUGUUGCCCGGCAACUGCUACAGUAACAGCAACAACAACAGCAACAACAACAACAACAACAUCGGCGGCGGCGGCAGCUACAACACCUCCCUGCCUCCCCCUCCUGCCUUCCCGCUGCCCUGGUGCCACGGUCUCUCCUCAGAUGCGGAUUACUAUGGGAAUGGGAUGGCUCCUUGCUCCUCCCCAGAGUUGCUGAAGCUCUGCAGCCCCGUGGAUCACAACAGCUACUCGCCGCAGGACUCUUUCUCCUCCUCCUCCUCCUCCUGCUACGACUCGCCCACCAGGAUGGAGUCCAGCUACCACGGCUUCCCCUCAGAGCACUACCACUACCAACACUGCACCCUCCAGGACUGUUACUGCCUGCCCCACUGUUGGCCGGGGCAGCAGGAGAGCUACUCUGCCCCCGAGUUCACGCCGUACUACACCCCCACAGACUAUCCCUACGCCUGUCCCGUGGAGGAGAACUAUUUCAAGAGGGAUUUGCAGAUGAGCUCUGAGAUGUGUUACAAUGUGCUAUGAUGAGACUCGCUGUGUCCUCGCUGUAAAUACGAUCCCCUUUGCUUUUCAGUGUGCUGUUGUUGGCUUGUGCUUUGGUGGAGUGAAGAUGAUGAAUGCUGAAUGGAUGGAAAAGCUGAUAUUUUUGUAUUGAUUACUGUUUUGUUUUUUUUUACUAUUAAGAUUUAUUUUCAUACACAUAACUUGUUGCAGAACUAAAUAAAAACACGUUGAACU